CGAUGGUAGACUUUCAGAAGAAGGAUAUCCAGCGACAAAGGAAACCUUUUAGACGAAGAAUAUCAUUCCAAUUUGAUCCGUGAUGCGGUUGUUUUCGUACACUGCUACCUGGUGCGGAUUGUUCCUCUAUGCCAUUGCUACAUCAACUUCACUGCCUUCGAGAGAAUCCUCGGCUGUUUCAUUCCCUCUCAGACACCCUCCCAAUGGUCCAACCAACAAACGCGACAUUCCUUUAGCAGUGGAGGGUUUAGUAACAAUAUGGGGCAACAACUACUGGUUGAAAGCCUCUUUCGGAACGCCGCCGCAGACAUUAGGGUUCAUUCUUGACUUCGAACCUUCAAAUUUGGAGGUUAUCGUAUCCAAUGGAAUGGGAGUCCCAUGCUCCAAAGACACAUACUGCGAGUUAUUUGGGUCCUUCAAUACUAACGAAUCCACCACCUUUCAUACCCUCACGUACACCGAGUUCAUUCAAACGGGUGACAAAUACGCCUAUACCGACACCUUCACAGUUAGAGAUCAGGUAGUAAAAGCGAUGCCAGUGGAACUUUUCAAUAUUGAAGAAGAUUCUGCCAACGCCUUGGGUCUAUCCCCGACAAACAUCAGCUUCCCAUAUCUACUAGUCGACCGGGGCCUGACCACCUCUCCAUCCUUCAGUCUCUGUGGCGAUGGAGGUGGAACCAACCAAGCCAGCAUCCUCUUCGGCGCCGUCAACACCGCAAAAUUCGACGGACCUCUCCAAGCCUUCUCCUUACAAGGCUCACAUAACACCGUCUCUUUCCAAACCGAUUCCCUUCAACUCUUGACAGAAAGCAAUAAUACCGCCACUGAGCCAGCACGCUACACAUUCCCCCCCACCAAUCUAACUCUCGAGCCCCGCAGUGCCUACAGCUACCUCCCCAACACCACCCUCCAACACCUCUACACCGACCUCAACAUCACAAUGGUCGAACUUGCCAACGAUUCUCCCGAAUCCAGCGUCCUCGAAUGUUCCCGCCAAUACACCGAAAAACACACUAUCUCUCUAAUGAUAGGAAACAUGACAUUCUCCGUCCCUUGGGACGAAUUAUUCAUCCCCUGGACGACCGACGGCCUAUGCCAGUUGGCCAUUCAGCCUAUUACCCCAGGCGCUUACGCCUCUGGAAGGGGACAACUCGGCGUACCGUUUCUUCGUCGGAUGUAUAUCGCCAUUGAUUAUGAUAAUAUGUUUGUGGGUGUUGCUCCUCUCAAACAGAACCCAGGCUCAGACAAUAUUGUCGAGAUUGGAACGGGGCCUGAGAUACCGGAUGCAGUGGGGGAGUGGCCAGCCAGCGUUACGGCUUAUACUCCUGCACCGACGAGGACAUCUACUGGGGGUCCUGUUACGAGGACGUCGACUGGUGGUGUUGCUAGGGGGACGGGGUUGUUGGCGAAGAGGGAAUUGUCUUUGGUGGUGGGUUUCGCUGGGCUGGCUCUCUCCCAAGGAAUCUAGAAUCUUCGUUCUAUGUAGACGGAAGUCGGUACAUCAGAGACAGGAUUAAUUUUUAUAAGAAUCGGAGAAGAUCUACUCCGUAGACCAAC